UCCAGUCACACUCGGCAGAGAGCAAGAAGGGAAGCCGAAGACGAAGCUGCGACUUCAUCAAUUCUGAGCUGAAAAAAAUGCCGUCCGUUUACUUCACUCUCUUCUCCGUUUUACUCAUCGCCACCGUUCCCAACUUUCAGGGAUAUGCCGCGAGUGAUCUUCACAUCAGAUCAUCAUCGCCGUUUUCAGUGGCUCUUGAAACCCUCCAGAAGCAAUUAGGCUAUACCUUCAAGAGCAUUGGCCUUCUGCGUCGUGCCAUGACUCAUGCUUCCUUCUCAGAAGAGAACAACAGAGCUUUGAGCAUUCUGGGUGCCAGUGUCAUCGAAACAGCCGUCUCUUUCCAGUCACUUUCAAAAGACAUUGACAUCUCUUCGAAAGAUCUGAAUAAUAAAAUAGCGGAAAUCUCCAAUGUUGAAUCUUCAUGCACUGGAGAUGCAUUGGGGUUGGGUUUGCAGAAGGUGGUUCGGGUUUCACCCAAGACCAAUUCUUCUGCACCUUCUGUGGUUUGUGGUGCAUUCCGUGCAAUCUUUGGUGCUAUUGCUAUUGAUACUGCAAACUGCGAUGCUGCAGGCAACGUUUUCUGGGCCGUUCAUGGAACUAAGGUUGGGGUUUCUCUGCCAUUCUGAGCCUGUCAGUUAACUUCUAAGCUGCUUGCCCUUUGUUGUUGAUACUGAAAAACGUGUUAAUGACUAAUGUAUGUAAUUUCUAGUUAUUGUAGUUUGAUCGGUUUUGACUAUGUAUAUGAUAAUUUGCACUUGUGCGUAUUUACUAAGUGGCUUCUGUGAUGCUAUUAUUCACCUACGCCAGUGUGUAAAAUGAUUACAUAAACAUGUUUGUCUCAAAUUUUGGGUUGAUGUUAUUGUCCAAUGUCCAUAUCUUUCAUGCGAUGGAUGUGUUUAUAA